AUGCCUUCUGCCGUCGAAUACCUCACCAGCCCUCAACAGAAUUUCAGCUACGAGUCUGACCCCAUUGCAGCCAUGACAUCGUAUGCUCGAAUGAUGCACAUGCACACAAAGCAGCAAAUGGACGCGGCAACACGGUCAGCACGCCGACGAAGUCCACCCAUCGGUGUCGAUGCCCACCCCGAGUCCGGAGUACUCUCCAAACAGAGCACACACAGCAGUAACUCGUCACGAGCAUCUUUCUAA